UGGAUUGGGACAAAGGCGGUGGCGUAAGUAGGUUUUAUAUUUCAACAACUCCCGCCUGUGUCGGGGACGGCGCUGUUUUUUAACUUGACAUAUUUGGAUUUAUUGUCGCGUUGACAAGGCAUGUUGUCGGAUCAAAGUUGCCACCAUGGACAUUCCACUCAUUCACACAGCCAUGGCCCCAGAGCAGCGGCGUUCGGUGGCAUGGUGCUCCCGUUUAUGCCCACUUCUCACGGGCAAUUUGGCAAAAACGCCAAUGAGUCGCCGGACCUCAGUCUCCAGCCGAAGAAACGAUCACUCCUCGAUGACAGCAGCAGUUGGGACAUAGUGAAGGCAACACAGUUCGGUAUCUUGGAUCGCUGUAAAGAGCUGGUGGAUGCAGGAUAUGAUGUCAAGCAGCUGGACAAGGAGAACGUGUCGCUCUUACACUGGGCCGCCAUCAAUAAUCGCUUGGAGCUGGUCAACUAUUACAUUUCUAAAGGGGCGAUAGUUGACCAGUUGGGAGGAGAUCUGAACUCUACACCUCUUCAUUGGGCCAUCAGACAGGGCCACCUCCUCAUGGUCAUCCAGCUGAUAAGGUAUGGAGCAGAUGCCUCCAUCGCAGACGGAGAAGGUUAUCGGGCUCUUCACCUCGCCAUCCUCUUCCAGCACAUGGCCAUCGCAGCGUAUCUUAUAGCCAAGGGACAGGAAGUAGAUGGACCCGACUGCAAUGGACAGACACCACUGAUGUUGGCAGCCCAGAAAAUCAUUGGGCCUGAGCCGACUAACUUCUUGAUCAAAAACAACGCUUCUGUCAGCGCUGUCGACAAGGUGAACAGGAACACGCCCCUCCACUGUGCGGUUCUGGCGGGAAACGUCGACGCCGCUCAUGUCCUGCUGGAGGCCGCAGCCAGCUUGGAUCAAGAAAACGUCAAUGGUCACACACCACUGGACCUGGCACACCAGGUGCACAGCCCCCUGCUCGUCUUUGUGCUCAACCAAGUCAAACAGGAGAGGAUUCGCUCCAGCUCACCGUGCUCACGGAUUGUCAACAAAUACAAAGUGUUUUUGCAAUUUUUGCUCUGGACUGCCAUGUUUGGCUGUGUUGCUGCCAUAUUGGAUUUGAACUCAGACUCCUGGUUGCUCAAAUCGAUUCUGCUAGCAUGCGCGUUUGGAGCAGUCAGUUUGGCCAUCAGGAUUUUCCCCAGGGCUACCUUUCAGUCCCUUCUACCAUCUACAACUCUAAUGGCCUCUAUUUUCUGGAUGUUCAUCACCUGGGGCCUCUGGUUCAUACCAGAUGGACACAGUGCCACAGUCCAGAUUCUUUUCACUCUCAACGCCACUGCUCUGCUCUACUACUACCUCCGUGCCUGUCGGACCGACCCUGGCUUUGUCAAGGCGACUGAAGAGGAGAAAAAAAUGAAUGUGUUGUUGCUGGCUGAGGCCGGCUGCCUGGACCCCAGUAUAUUCUGCACCUCCUGCAUGAUAAAGAAACCAGUGCGAGCCAGCCACUGCCCCAAAUGCGAUGCCUGUGUAGCAAAGCAGGACCAUCACUCCGCCUGGACCAACACCUGCAUUGGUGCGAGGAACCACGCCCACUUUGUCCUCUUCCUGCUGGCUCUCGUGCUGACGUGCGUCUGGAUGUUCUACGGCUGCCUAACGUACUGGUCCACGCGCUGCACGCUGCACUAUGAGACGCAAGGCCUUGUGGGCGUGGCCUUUGCUGUCAUCGACUGCUCGCCGUGGCUGCUGUGCGUCUUCGUGCUGGCGCUGUACCACUGCUGCUGGUCCAGCAUCAUCCUGCUGCUACAGAUCUACCAGAUUGCCUUCCUGGGACUGACCACUGCCGAGAAGAUGAACCUGAUGAUGCACGCCAGAAAACACCGACAGACGAUAUCCUUGGCACAGAAUCCAUACAAUCUGGGCGUGUUUGGGAACGUGCGGUCCUUCUUCCAGCUGCGAUGCUGCGGCCUCUUCAAACCAGCCGUCAUGGACUGGACGCAGCAGUACCCGCCAGGCCGCGACCAGCGCGUCUUCAAACACGGCGACAUGGUGUAGCCGCCCCGGGAUCAGCGGCGGGACCUUUGCAGCGGACCAAAAAGCACAGUCUAUUUAUUUAUUUUUUAAGAUGGACCAAGUGAAAGACUCGAGGGUAAACGGAAGGAAUCGUAGUAUCCACGUUUUAGCUUUUUUUGGGUGCAGCCUCGUUGACUAUCUUUAGUCCAACUAAUCACUUUUAUUGAGAAAAGGUUCAACACAUCAAGCGUACUUUUUCAACGUGCCCUCUGAGAGUAAAGAUCUUUAUACGCGCUAAGUCGGUUUUGUAUGAAUCGCAUGUUUGGUAAUGAAGUCGCACUACCACACUUCAAUAAAGCAACCUGUGUAUUCCUA